UCGCGGGCGUCUAUUUGUCACUGGAGCCCCGACCACCGCGAGUCAGUGCGAAGUCUUUCAGAUCCAUUUCAUCCGGAAACCGUCGCUCCUUUCUGCAUUCUUGAAGCUAGAGGCUGUAUUCUUGUCACUUGUAUUCGUUUUUCUGUGCUCUAUCAAUCAACUAUCAAUCGUCAAAUCUUGUGUAUCCAUAAUCUAUGGCUAGAGGCAACCAUCGUGGACGAGGAGGAGGCUCGAGGGGUUCCCCACAUGGACAGUCAUCUUCUGAUAGAGGCGGUCGUGGAGGAGGAAGGGGCAGAGGACGUGGGCGGGGACGAGGUGAUGCGCCCAACUUCGGCGGUGGUGGUGGAGGCAGAGGCGGUGCGGCCUACGCGGAUGACCUCGAUUUCCCUGUGCAGAUGUGGCCAGACCAUUUGACAUACAAUGGAACUGUGAGAGGUCGGGGACGAGGACGAGGAUCCUAUCCUGGCUCAGGCCACGACAGCCCCGCUGCUAGGGGCACAGACAGACCUCGUGGCAGGAACUCAUUCAGAGGCCGCGGGCGAGGCGAAUCCCACGACACAUAUAAUACCCAUGGGCGUGGACGCCCCAGCAGAGGCCAACUCGAUUCUAAACUACGGGCGGGCGUACCAUUGUCGAGCUUAUUGAAUGAGGAUAGGCCUCUGCUCAAACCCAUCGUAUUCGUGCGCUCCGUCCAUACGGCUACGCUCUUCCAAGAAGAGGAAGAGAUCUUGCAGCCCAUCGUGGAGGCUGUAGCUGAUGACGAGAAGAGCCAUGUACCAACUGCAGAUCAAGUGUCGCGGCAUCUAGAAGAGAUAGACUUUGCCGACGUAGGCAAACUUCAAGCAGAGGUUGAUGCAAUCGCAUCUACGAUGUCCAUCGAAGAAUCAGACUUUCGCUGGCUUUUCGUCGACACUACUCCUACACCAGUGGCAGCUCGACCCCAUCAUACAGCGAUGACCGAUCGGAUCGAGGGUGCGCUCGGAGAGGACGAAGAGAUCAUCGUAUAUGUCGCCCCCCACCCCCGCUUGAGUCGGGCGACAACGCCGGCUCCUGUGGCGGAGACGGUAGAGACCAUUACGAUGACCUCUAUCCUCACCGGGCGCCAGCUCACCAAGAGCCAUGAAACCCAUACAUCAGCAUCCACCCCACUCCCCAGUGUCCCAGAGGGCACAAUACCACCGGAGGUGCCGUCUGCCUCCCAGAAUGUGCAGGAAGUUGCCGAGGCGACACCGACAACACCGCAACCUACCGAACUUCCCAGCGUUCCCUCACCCCCACCCUUCGAAGCCAUCUCCUUUUCGUUCGAGAGCUCCAGCCGGAAGAAGCAGACACGGAAAUUGUUCCCCCGCUCGAAGAAGGCGCGGCGGCGCACGCCCAGGCGCUUCGGCGCGUUCGGCGCGCUCGCGUCGGAGGCGCAGGCGCAGCGCGAGGGCAGGGAGCGCGACCCGCGCGAGUCGGAGCAGCGCCGCGGCGAUUCGGACGUCAACUUUGGCGAUACGAGCGACGAGGACAUCGAGCAAGUGUCGAAUGGCAUCGGGGCGAUGGAGCUGGACGCGGAGAUCUCGGUGGACGCGAUGAAGAGCUUUGUGCAGAGUAUGAAUGCGGAGGGGUCGAGGCAUAUUACGAUGGACGACAUUGCAGAUGGGGAGCGCAUGCGCGCAGAAGACGAGCAGGGAGCGACGCCGACGAGUUCAAGAGGGAGUGACGGCGAGAGCGAGGAAGACGAUGCUCAACACAAGGAUGAGGAACUGGAAGGAGCACUCGCCGCCGAGGAGCGCGCGCUGAUUGGCGAGGAGAGUGAGGAGGAAGACGAGGAUGAGUCAUCCGACGAGGAAGAUACACCAAGGGCUGGGUUCCGAGCAAGACUAGCGAGGAUGCGCGCGAGAGACAAUGGUCGGGGCAAGGGCAAGGGCAAAGCUCGACAAGUGGACGACUCCAGCGACGAAGACAUGGACAACGUGGCAUUGGCCGAUGAGGACGAGGCCUUCAUCGCUGAAAUACAGGAGAUGCUGGAUGCCAACGUCCAUAUACUAUCUAACAGAGACAAGAAGGGAAAGAAGAACUCGUUCCGAGCGAUCGAAGACGACAUUGUUAGUGAUGACGACGAGUCUGCUGCGAUGAUGACCCCAGCCGCCCGAAGAAAGGACAAGCACGUUCCUCCAGAAUUGAAAGACCAGUGGGAGAAAGACCGGCAGAAGAAAGCCGAGAACAAGCGCAAACGCAAGGAAGAUAUGAUCGCAGUCGCCGCCGACCCGCUCGCGGUGCACAAGGGUGGCAAGAAGGGCAGAAAGGCGAUGCUCGCCGCCGCCCGGCUCGAGCAACACAUGGAGGUGGAGAACCGCAUCGUCGACUUUGUGUCGCUCGAGGCGCAGAUACGGCGGUUCAUCGAAGACAUUGGCGACAAGAGCACAAUGGCGCUCCCGCCUUGUGACAAGGAGACGCGGAAGAAGAUACACGAGCUCGCGGACGCGUUCAACCUGAAGAGCCAGAGUAAAGGCACAGGGCGGGGUCGGUACACGACGCUCAUCAAGACGUCGAGAAGUGGAGUUCGGAUCAACGAGAAGAAGAUCGGGCGGAUUACGAAGACGAACAAGGACAGCACCUGGGGCGCGCCCUGGCAGGGCAAGGGCAAGGGCAAAGCGGGACAGUCACUCGCGAAGCAUCGUGAAGGAGAGGAGGUUGGCAAGGCUGCACCCAAGAUCGGCGAGUCGAACGUAGGCUUCCGCAUGCUUGCGGCGAUGGGCUGGGCAGAAGGAGAAAGAAUUGGGCUGUCUGGUGGGUUGGAUGCACCACUGACGGCGAAGAUGAAGAAGACGAAGCUGGGUCUUGGUGCAACGAUGUAAAACGACUUCGCGUAAGUUAUGUACUAGAUGUUGCCGCCGUACAUGUAGUGAAUGCAGAUUCGAUGAGUGGAUACACUUAUUGGAGGUUUGGUAUGCGGUGGAUAUGUUGCUCCUGACUUUCAUAGUCAUGACAAGGACUGCCUUCGACUUAUCACACUAGCAAAUUUGUUUCAUCCCAAAUCCAAAUGUAUUCCGAGCGGGUGUCAAAC